AUGAGUUCAGAAGAAGAUAAUAGUUACAAGAGAAUGCAAAUAAAGGUCCUUUAUUCAUUCAACAAUAAUCCAACUGUGUUUUUAUCACGAUCCAAAAUCCAAUAUUCAGUGAAAACUGCACAAUUACCGCUUGCAACAUCCAUGUCCGAUGAACCCGAACUAAUCACAUUGGGUGCCUUUGAUCUCAAGAACUGUGUUCAACAAAUCAUAAAGAGUUCUCCUGAGAAUUUUAAACUCCAUGCUGAAGAUUAUGCUGUGUAUUAUAAAGAUAUAACAGAGCAACCUGAUGAACCUUUCGUUUCCAGUGGUGUAUUGUCAAGUUUGAUAAAUACUUCAAAAGCGCAUUUAAUUCCAGGAAGAGUUUGUCAGAACGUGUCUGCAAGCUUCUUAUUUGGUGAUAAGACUAAUGCAUCCUCAUUGACACUUGAGAUAAGAUUGAAACUACAUACUAUUGACGGUCCACCAAAACAACAACCUCAACAACCGCAACAACAACAAAUGAGACAAAAUAUAGGGGUUGAUCAGGUCGCAGCAUCAGGUGGCGACAAAAAAAGAAUACGUGACUCUUCUUCUUCCUCCAGGCAAGAAUAUCCCCAAAAGAGAUUCAAUCCUUCUUCUAGUUCAUCUGCCUCCUCAUUGGACGCGGCGGUAAAAGCAACCAGGACAAAGUCGCUACCAAGUUUCCCACAAUUAUUAAAUAAUCCAACAAUGCUUAAUAUUCGAACAGCAGAUAGAAUGAAUAAUACAUCCAGAUAUGAUAAUAAAAGUGUUCAAGAUCGAUUUAAACUGGCUCCAUUUUUCCAAGCUAAAAUUGUUGAUAAACCAGUCGUACGGAAAACUACUCCGGUGAGGCGCUACCAUGAUAACAAUAAUCAACACCAAUAUCAAUCUCGUCAACAAUUGCAACUGCAACAUCUUCAACCUGCUCGUGCUAUGCGUACUAGAUCCAUGGUGAAUCCUAUGCCACUCAUGAUCUCGUCGCCUAUUCUAGAAGGAGACGGCUCUCUUUCUGAUAGCACUGACGAUACUGAAUACCGUGAGGAUGACCACAAUAACAUGAUUGAAGAACAUGACGAAGAAGAGGAAGAAGAAGAAGAUAAGGAUUUUGAUGAAGGUUCUCCAUAUACACCACAACAACCUCCAUACGAAGGAAAAUCGCUGAUUCUGCAUUCGGGCCAUAAUAAUAAUCAUAAUCAUGAACAAUUCCAAUCACUCCCAGAUUUGGAAGAAUUGGAUAGUAAACGAAUCCAUUCAAUUCCUCCUUCAAAAUUACUGUCAAAUCAUGGAUUGGUAUGUGUGAAUCAUAAUUGUGCAACUCAAGAUUCUAUAACUUGGAGAUUCUUCGAAACUGAAUUUAGACCAAAUUAUUUCAAUAUAAACAAGUCGAAGAAGUUUGAUAAGAAUGAUUAUGAUGGAAUGUUUGGUCCCUUAUGUAAUGCAUGUUUCUUGUUUUUGAGAAAUAAAGGAUUUAUGAGACCUGAACAUGUCGUCAAGAAGUAUUUACAACAACAACGGUAUAAGUCGAAAAAGGAUGAGGUUCCAAUGGAUAAUGCCGGCGCUACCAACAACAACAACAACAACACAUUCACUGCUCCUAUUAAUAAAGAACGAUCAAAUAGUUUGAAUGCAAUUGCAGUCAAACGAAGUUCUCAGUUUGCAUCUUCCCCAGUAGUAUCCCAACUGCAUGGAAAAUUCGCCACUCCUGCCCACACACCUUCAGCCAUCAAUCAAGUCAUCCAAAACAGAAACAGUACAUCAUCACAUAAUGCAUUUAUGAAUAACAGCGGACAUACACCAAACUAUCAAGAAAUCAGCGAUAUUAUGAAUCAAAUAAGUAAUUUCGGUGGACCAUUGACUGAUAUUGAUCCAUUACCAUAUCUGGGUGUUACUCCUCCCAUGAUCGCUACUAAAUCAAACACCAGGGUGAUUAAUUUAUAUGAAGAUAAUCCGAAAAAGGCAACCAAAGCAAAUACAAGGGUUAUAAAUUUAGGUCCUCCAGAAGGUCAAGAUGAUGAUAGUGAAGAUAAAGAGAAUUGCCCUCCUCCACCUGAAGCACCUUCUUCAGAAAUGGAUAUUGAUGUGAGAGAUAUUACCGAUUUUGAAAAUAUGAUUAUUGCCGAUUCUUUCACUAAUGCUGGAAAAUCUAGUCCUCUUGGAUCUAAUCAAGAAUGGAUGAAUGCAUUAUUGGCGGAACAGGGGACAACGGAUCCAGAACCAACUCCUAAUGAUCAGGAAGAACAAACAUCCACUCCAGGAGAGACGAGAACCCCAGUAGAUCUUCAAAAUAAUACUAAUAAUAACAAAGACGAUCCUAAGAUACCGGUCAUGAAAUCGUUCAUAAAUAGAAAAUCAUCCCCACCACCACAAUCAUCCCGUCCAGCUUCACAAUCUAGACCAGUUGUGAAUAUGCCUUCAUCUCCAUAUACUUCCAUCGCAAACUCUGAAAUGGAAGAUACUUCCUUUGGUUCAAAGAAGAAAUAUGAAUCUGAUUUCAAUCAAGAUAUAGAAUCAUUAGUCUCAGGAUCACACCGUCAGUAUUUUUCCCAACAACAACAACAGCAACCGAGUGAAAUUCCACAUUCGUCAUCUUCCCCAAAUCAGGCAUUGAGGGCAGACACGAACAAUCUGAUCAUGUCUUGGAACAACACUAAUACUAUGGGAUCAGGAAAUAACAAAUCGGGACAUUUGGGAUCUACUCCGAAUACUGAAUUUAACUCUAAUGAUGAUGUUGAUCAUGAUAUGAUGUUGAUGGGAGAUGGGAAAAGUCAUGGUGGUUUGAUGGUUGGCCAGUAUAGAAGGAACAAAGAGGUUGAAGAGGAAAAUUAG